AUGAGGCAGGAUAUUGCAUCAAUAAAAAGGAACAACACCUGGAUUCUUACCACUCUUCCUGCUGGUUUUGUUCCUAUUGGUGUUAAAUGGGUUUAUAGAACUAAACUCAAAGAAGAUGGUUCAGUGGACAAGUUUAAAGCAAGGUUAGUUGCUAAGGGCUAUGCUCAGAAACAUGGAAUCGAUAAUACUGAAGUGUUCUCUCGAGUAGCUCAAUGGGGCACAAUUAGAGCACUGUUAGCCUUAGCAGCAUAUCAUGGUUACACUGUGUUCCAAUUGGCUGUGAAAAGCGCUUUUCUUUAUGGAGAGCUAACAAAAGAUGUUUAUAUUGAGCAACCACAAGGCUUUGUGGUUGCUGGGGAGGAAGAUAAAGUGUACAAGCUCCAGAAGGCCUUGUAUGGUCUUAAACAGGCUCCAAAGCCCUAG